UUAGUGAUGUUACUCCAGUGUCUGCUUAUCGUAACUACAUUUGCCUGUGGUAUUCACUUCUUUGUAGUAAAGAAAUAUCAAGUUUAAGUGUAUUUCUCUACCUCAACUGCUACGACAUGGCUGGAAACUUCUGGCAAAGUUCUCAUUAUCUGCAGUGGGUCCUGGAUAAACAGGACCUGAUGAAAGAGCGGCAGAAGGACCUGAAGUUUCUUACAGAAGAGGAGUACUGGAAGCUGCAAAUAUUCUUUGCCAAUGUGAUCCAGGCUUUAGGGGAACACCUGAAGCUGCGGCAGCAGGUCAUUGCUACUGCAACUGUCUACUUUAAACGCUUCUAUGCCAGGUAUUCCCUGAAAAGUAUAGACCCAGUGCUCAUGGCUCCUACCUGUGUUUUCCUGGCUUCCAAAGUUGAGGAAUUUGGAGUUGUAUCUAAUACCAGGCUGAUUUCUGCAGCAACAUCUGUGUUGAAAACAAGAUUUUCUUAUGCCUUCCCAAAGGAGUUCCCUUACAGAAUGAAUCAUAUAUUAGAAUGUGAGUUCUACCUUCUGGAGCUGAUGGACUGCUGCCUGAUCGUGUACCACCCCUACAGACCACUGUUGCAGUAUGUACAGGAUAUGGGACAGGAGGACAUGCUGCUGCCGCUGGCCUGGCGAAUAGUGAAUGACACAUACAGGACAGAUCUGUGUCUGCUCUACCCUCCAUUCAUGAUUGCCCUGGCCUGUCUACAUGUUGCCUGUGUGGUACAGCAGAAAGAUGCCAGGCAAUGGUUUGCAGAGCUCUCUGUUGACAUGGACAAAAUCCUGGAGAUUAUCCGUGUAAUUCUGAAGCUCUAUGACCAGUGGAAAAAUUUUGAUGACAGGAAGGAGAUAGCUGCUGUGCUAAACAAGAUGCCUAAGCCCAAGCCUCCUCCUAACAGUGAGAGCGACCAGAGCUCCAACGGGAACCAAAGCAAUUCCUACAGCCAGUCUUAGCGUGGUGUCUGCAUUUCCAUGGGAAUCCAUAAUGUUGAUGUAGAGAGGGGGUGGACCUUUUUUUAAAAUGUCACACAGCAUGAACUUUGCAAUGUCAGUUUGGAAAAAAAAAUCACACAUUUCAGCUGACUAAGAUGUCCCUUCAUCUUUGCCUGACACCCCCAACAAACUCAGAGUCAUGUCUUCACUUUCCCCUUCUCUGAUCACUAUGGGUUUAUGGAUUGUGGAAGCCGCCAUUGAAAUGCCUGCAGUGAACAGCCGGUCGGUGACAGCAGCUUCUGUUGUCUCGACGAGGCCUCUCUACUCUGCUACAGACUUGAAAUGAACUGAAACUGAGGAACAUUUCGGGGGGGAGAGGGAACCCGGGAAUGUGGGAUAAACUUAGGGAGAGUGGGGGUAGAAACUUGUCAUUGUGAUGAUCCUGACGUCCUUGAACAGCCCAGAGGAGCAAGUGAUUUCAUGCAGAGCUCCGCGGGAUUCGAGAAAACUUGAUCAUAAAGUACUGUGUGUGUGUGUGUGUGUGUGUGUGUGUGUGUGUGUGUGUGUGUGUGUGUGUGUGUGUGUGUGUUACAACAUGUGUGCAGCCAGUCUGGGUGGGUCUUCAUUCCUCAGGGACUGUAGUACAGUAGUCUUCUCUGUAAAAUAAAUUGAUCCUGUGCUGUUUAGAGAGUGGAUCUGAUUGGAUAUCACCCUGUGCAACUGUGACGUGAUUGGAUACCCCUGUCCUCUGAUGAUUGCUCAUGAAACCUUGGCAGGAAAAAUCCCAAGAGAGGCUCCUCUUAAAGGUAGAAAUGAGUUCCUUUAACAAGAAUUUACUGUUUUGAAUCAUGACAACUCCACCUCCUUCCUCCCAUUCCCUCUUCCCUGUUGUAAAUAGCCUUAUAAUUCUAUUCGUUUAUUUUAUUUGUCACGUUUUUGCUUAAUUAAGUAAACUUUUGAUGGAAAUCAUGAGCUGGUUUAGCUUCGUAUUUGUGCUUGAGAUGAAAGUGCCCCUGUUUGUUUCACUGUUAUGAUUAAUUUUGCCUGCUGCAACGCUUAUUCUCCUUUUUAUUAUAAUUAAUUGUUCAUUUAUUCUGCUUUAGUUGUAGAGUAAUGUAAUGUAAAGUCAUUUUUGUUAAACUUUUGUCGAUUUUUCUUUACCUUCUGCCAUCUAGUUAAUCACUGAAUUGUGGCAAUGUGUGUGUGCAUAUACCUGUAGAUGUCUCUAUAUUUUUGCGAUGUAGUACAGUGGGAGCUGUGUGUGUGGCUGUACUCAAAACAAGGUGCUUGAAAGCCUUACAAAAUAAAAGCUGCUGGUUACAGAGAAAACCCUUCAUAAUAGCACAUUGUCCCAUUCAGGUGAACUGUAAAAUGUACUUUAGGGGUUAAUGUUGUUGAAUUUACAGGAUUCAUUGUCUUUUUUUUUCUUUCAGUGACUUCCUGUGCAGUUAUCUCUGUAGAAAAGAAAUAUCUAAACAGGGACAUGAACAUCUUGUUAAAGGCCACUCCCAUGUCACUUACACUGAGUGAGGACACAGAAGUGAGACAGUGAAUCCUUUGAGGCAAGUUCCAUGCAGCCUUGUUCUGGUAUUUUCCUCCCCUUUGGCCUUAGGCCCUAGGCUCCAUCUGUUACGUGACUGUUCACAAGAAUGGGCGUGAAAAUAAAAGGGCUUCACCCCAACUAAAUAUUUCCACUACUUCUGAUAAAACGUUUCCCAAAAUUGUCUUACUUGAAAGUCCACAUUUAUCAUUUUGGAGGAUCAUUUAUGUAAUAAAAUGUAUGAUGUGCAAAACAAA